AUGGCAGUGGCAGAAGGAGUGGUACUUCGGCCUGAGGGAGCAACCCAGCCCAAGUUCGCAGUCAGCUGGGACAAGGAGCUCUUCGACGGCAUCGAUGAUUUAGAUUGCUCGGACGCCGAGAGGACCGAGCUCAAGAAGAUAAAGUUCGAUUUAGAGCAGCUCCAGCAUGUCAUGGAGGGCAAGGAGGCCGAGGUGUCGACGAUGCUUUCCAAGGCGCAGGAGAUGCAGGAUCGGUUCCGCAAGAAGCGGAAGACCGAGCCUGACGAGGUGCCGCCCUCGGGGGGGUCGUCAAGCAGCGGCCCAGGCGCAGGCCAAGGCGGUUCGCCAUGCCCUGUGCAGGGCGCUCCCCCCCCCGUGGCGGCGGCAGCGGAUGCCGGCAUGGGCAGCGCCAGCGGCGAAGCCGAUGCAGCCAGGCUACCAGCUGGGUGCGACUCCGAGGACGAUGCGGAGCUCCUGGCAGCGGCAGCGCGUCUCUCCUCGGCCAGGCUCGCGGCGCAGGCGCAGGUGCUCAGGGAGCAGUCGGCCAACACCAAGGGCGUGACGGGCAAAGGCAAGGGAGCUCCCGCUAGAGGGGGCAAAUAUAUCGUGGCAGCAGCGGCUGCCGAUGACCCUGAUCUGUGA